AGCCCGCACUGACACGGACUGACUGACCGCAUCAGCAGCAGCAGCGGCAGACGGGCGGUCAGACUGCAGCGCUCAGCUAACCAGCGAGCUCCUCUCAACUUUCUACCACAGCCGCUUUAUCCGUCUCUCCCUCUCUCUCCUGUAUGAAUGCCAGCUCCGCGACGGGCGGCGGGCACGAGUGCGGAGCUCCUGUGUUUCCAGACGUUAGAGGGCAGCCUCUACGGGAGUUCUCGGUUCGUUCUGCGGGGCGAUACCGCUGCUGGCUGGGCUGGCUGGGGGCUAACUCGACGCGCUGACCGCUACACUCAGGUGGCGUGGGAGUACAGGAUGCAGCAGUGGUGAGGGUGCAGCGUAUGAUGUUGGAGGUGGUCGUGUUGCUGAUGAUGGGUUUAUUUGGCUGGGCUCAGUCCUGCACUGAGCGGGAUAACUGUUCCGCCUUGAACACCUCUAAGGACUUUUGUUACUCAGCCCGCAUCCGCAGUACCGUGCUGCAGGGCCUGCCCUUCGGGGGUGUGCCUACUGUCCUCGCUCUGGACUUUAUGGGUUUCCUGGUUCUGCUCUUUGUGUUCUCUUUCCUGAGGAAAGUUGCGUGGGAUUAUGGGCGUCUGGCGCUGGUCUCAGACGCAGACAGGCAGGAUCAGCGAUACCGGCGCCUGGACGAACUGGAAUAUGUGGCCUCAGCCAUGCAGACGCCGGUUGAUGCCCGCUACGAGCGCUUGACUUCAGUCUCCAGCUCUGUCGACUUCGACCAAAGAGACAGCGGUUUCUGUUCCUGGCUGACGGCCAUCUUCAGGAUAAAAGAUGAUGAGAUCAGGGAGAAAUGUGGUGAGGAUGCAGUGCACUACCUCUCCUUUCAGCGCCACAUCAUUGGUCUGCUGGUGGUGGUGGGUGUGCUCUCAGUGGGCAUCAUCCUGCCCGUCAACUUCUCAGGAGACCUGUUAGAUAAUAAUGCCUACAGCUUUGGCAGAACGACAAUAGCCAACUUGAAAUCUGAGAAUAAUCUGCUCUGGCUGCACACUACCUUUGCAUUCCUUUACCUGUUACUGACUGUCUACAGCAUGAGGAGGCACACCUCCAAGAUGCAUUACAAGGAGGACGACUUGGUGAAACGCACUUUAUUCAUAAACGGCAUCAACAGAUACGCAGAAGAGGGCCAGAUAAAGCAGCACUUCGAGCAAGCAUAUGAGAACUGUGUUGUGUUGGAGGCUCGCAUUUGUUACGACGUGGCCAGACUGAUGUAUUUGGACUCUGAAAGGAAAAAGACUGAGCGCAGCAAGAAGUUCUACACUGACCUGUUGGCCAAGGAGCACGUGCCCACGAUGAUCAACCCCAAACCCUGCGGCCACCUCUGCUGCUGCGUCAUCAAGGGCUGCGAGCAGGAGGAGGCGGUGAGCUACUACACUAAGCUGGAGGCCAAGCUGAGGGAGGAGUACAAGAAGGAGAGAGAGAAAGUCAACACUAAACCUUUGGACAUGGCCUUCGUCACCUUCCAGAAUGAAGCCAUGGCUGCAGUUAUUUUGAAGGACUUUAAUGCAUGUCAGUGCCAAGGCUGUCAUUGUCGCCGGGAGCCCAAAUCCUCACCGUUCAGCAGCAUCCUCCAAACCUACAACUGGACGGUCACCUACGCUCCUGACCCGCAGAAUGUUUACUGGGAGCAUUUGUCCAUUGGUGGCUUGACCUGGUGGCUUCGCUGCUUCAUCAUCAACUGCUUUCUCUUCAUACUUCUCUUCUUCCUCACUACACCUGCCAUCAUCAUCUCCACCAUGGACAAGUUCAACGUCACAAAGCCUGUGGAGUACCUAAAUAAUCCCAUUAUCACCCAAUUCUUCCCCACCCUGCUGUUGUGGAGCUUCUCGGCCCUGUUACCCACCAUCGUCUACUACUCCGCCUUCUUCGAGGCCCAUUGGACACGCUCUGGAGAGAACAGGACCACCAUGCACAAGUGCUACACUUUCCUCAUCUUUAUGGUCCUCCUCUUGCCGUCUCUGGGACUCAGCAGCUUGGAUGUGUUCUUCCGCUGGCUUUUUGAUAAGACGUUCCUGGAUAAAGCAACAGUGAGAUUUGAAUGUGUGUUCCUCCCAGACAACGGAGCCUUCUUUGUUAAUUACGUCAUCGCCUCAGCCUUCAUCGGUAAUGCUAUGGACCUGUUACGCAUCCCCGGUCUGCUCAUGUACAUGAUCCGCCUCUGCCUGGCGCGCUCUGCAGCUGAGAGACGCAACGUAAAGAAGCAUCAAGCGUACGAGUUCCAGUUCGGGGCGGCGUAUGCCUGGCUGAUGAACGUCUUCACGGUAGUCAUGACCUACAGCAUCACCUGCCCCAUCAUCGUUCCUUUUGGUCUGAUGUACAUGCUGCUAAAGCACUUGGUGGACAGAUAUAAUAUGUACUAUGCUUACCUGCCCUCUAAACUGGACAAGAAGAUCCACUCCGGAGCUGUAAACCAGGUGGUUGCCGCACCAAUUCUGUGCCUCUUCUGGCUGCUUUUCUUCUCCACCGUACGCGCAGGAUUUGUUGCAGCCACGUCACUGUUCACAUUUGUGGUUCUGAUUGUCACCAUCAUAAUCUGCCUCUCUCAUGUCGUGUUUGGACAUUUUAAGUACUUAAGUGCGCACAAUUACAAGAUUGACACCCAAGACGUGGACGGUGUAGAGAACGGUCAGCCACCAGGCAUUUCACCACCUGCCAAAUCUGCCAAGUACAUUGCUCAGGUCCUCCAGGAGCAGACCUCGGAGGAGAUGGGCUCGGGCAGCGGCGAGGACGACGGUCAGGGAUCCUCGCAGGACGAGGAGAUCCUCGGACCGAGCUCAACCGUCAAUGAGGCGGAUUUUCAGUCGGGGGAGGACAGCCUUAUCGACAACGAGGUGCACCACUGACCCCUUCAGGAGCACCGCGUGCUCUGCGUCCAGUAAAUACAGCUAGCCAGACUAUAUAGCAAACCAAACAGACUAUACAGAGUUGAAGCUGUGCUCCAGGACCCUUGUGCUAACCUCACAAACCCGGAUACGUUCCUUCCAUCGGGCCUGGAGGGCAGCUAGAAAACACUAACAGACUUGACCAUUUCGUCUCCUACUUGACAUGGAAAAAAGGCCACUCACGCUGUCGCACACUAACUCAACACAUGAGACUAACCCUCACCAGGGAACCUUGCUUCACUACUGGCUCACGAUCGUCCACACUAAUCAUCCUGCUGGGAGCCGCAGGGACAAAGACGGGGGGGUCUCUUCCGCUUCAUUGCUUUGCAUUAAUGCACUCGAUGGUUUUUCUUUUUUUGCUUUGAGAGCAAGGAGUCAUGCAAUCCUUCCGAUUGUCGAUUGUUCAUUAUUUAUGCAUUGAGCUGUUAUGCAUUCGUCCUGCUGUCUGAUGCAGCCGAUGGGUUUUUAAUCAGUAGUAACUGUAGUAUAAUGGGCUCGAAAACAAACACUGUCGUCUCUCUUUAAAGACGGAAGUUAGGGGUUCGCUCCGAAACACUCCGAAAUGAUUUUGGGGAAUGCAUGGGUAGAUUUUGUUCUCUGCAAACGCUGACGUUUGAUGAACUGCUUCUCUGUGGCUUCAGCUGUAACCGAACUUAAAUGCUAACUUAAAUGGGCAAGCGCCCAGUUCUUCUUUCAUACAGUACAUGAAGCUGAGCCACUAAACAAGCCACAACUCUCUUACACUUAAAUACCAAUCUCACUGAACUGCACAGCGCCACAUCUACAUCUGUAUAUCUAUAGAUAUAGAUAUAUUGACCUGACAGGCUGUAGAGACGCACUUUCAGUGGGAUCAUUCAGUGUAUUGUACCAACAGGACUGCAUACAGAGUACAUAGUGGGGCUUUUCUCACCUCAUAGACAGAUAUACCUUAAUACCUGAUUGUAACAUGAUGUAAAUUCUUGAAGUUGAUGGAUGUUCUCAAAGACAGACUAUAUGUUUGUAAGUUCCUUGCACGUUCUAGCAUGAGAGUCGGAUGUUUGACUUCAUUUUGUUUGUUUUUUUUAAAUGAGGAUGCUCUUUUGUUAUCGUUCUGUUGCAGAAGCAUGAUUUCUUCAUGAACUUCCUGUUUUUCUUUUGCAUAUUACGUAAUCAGAACCCCUCCUUUAUCUGAAUCUGUCAUGAAGUUAGCGGCUGAGUAUUUUAUUCAGAUCCAAAUAUUAUUCAGUAACUACAUGGACUGCAGGGCAAACCGCCAGAGUUAUUGUGGAGUUGGACAUUAAAGGGGGUUAAAAUAA